AUGACUGCAAUGACUGUAUUUUUUCCUUUGGAUACAGCUAGGCUUAGACUUCAGGUUGAUGAGAAGCGGAAGUCUAAGACAACACCAGCAGUCCUUUUGGAAAUAAUCAAAGAAGAAGGCCUGUUGGCACCAUAUCGAGGAUGGUUCCCUGUUAUCUCCAGCCUUUGCUGCUCCAACUUUGUUUAUUUUUAUACAUUUAAUAGUCUUAAAGCCCUCUGGGUCAAAGGUCAGCAUUCAACCACUGGAAAAGACUUGGUUCUGGGGGUUGUUGCAGGUGUAGUGAAUGUACUCUUGACCACUCCUCUCUGGGUAGUGAACACACGCCUGAAGCUGCAGGGAGCAAAGUUUAGAAAUGAGGACAUUGUACCAACCAAUUACAGAGGCAUAAUAGAUGCCUUUCAUCAGAUAAUACGAGAUGAAGGAGUCUUAGCUCUGUGGAAUGGUACUUUCCCCUCCUUGCUGCUGGUCUUCAAUCCUGCCAUACAGUUCAUGUUUUAUGAAGGCUUUAAACGAAAGCUUUUGAAAAAGCAGCUGCAGCUCACAUCUUUGGAUGCUUUUGUCAUUGGUGCAAUAGCCAAAGCAGUUGCCACCACCCUCACUUAUCCUCUGCAGACAGUGCAGUCAAUUCUGCGGUUCGGGCGCCACAGGUUGAACCCAGAGAACCGAACACUGGGCAGUCUCAGAAACGUUCUUUACCUUCUUCAACAGAGAGUGAGGCGUUUUGGAUUAGUGGGACUCUACAAAGGCCUUGAAGCAAAGCUCCUGCAGACAGUCCUUACUGCUGCUCUUAUGUUUCUAGUGUAUGAGAAACUGACUGCUGCCACCUUCACAGUCAUGGGAUUGAAGCACUCACGCAAACACUGAGAAAGGAACCUAUGCCAAAGAUUAUGAGGUCUGGAAAACACAUUCCAUGUCUGAGACCAGGCUGGGUAACAAAGGGUCCUCACUUUCUCUAUUUCUCUUUUCAGCCACCUCCAUCUCCAGUAUUUGGAGAAAUCUGGAAUAUACUCUAUAGGGCCUGUUGCCAUGAAUUCAGGGAUAGCCCAUUCCCUACUGUUCUGUGGACUCACCGUGUUAAGAAACAGACCAGAGACCUUGUUUAAGCACUUGACAUGAAAUUUUAACUACUCUGAG